AUGGCAGAUCAAAACGAGGUGGAUCUAGAUUCGGUCAUUGACAGGCUUCUGGAAGUCAGAGGCAGUCGACCAGGAAAGCAGGUCCAGCUGCUGGAAGCCGAGAUCAAAUAUUUGUGCACAAAGGCCCGAGAAAUCUUCAUCUCUCAACCCAUACUCCUCGAGCUGGAAGCUCCCAUUAAGAUUUGCGGUGACAUCCACGGACAAUAUUACGAUUUGCUCCGCCUCUUCGAGUAUGGCGGCUUCCCUCCAGAAGCCAACUACCUCUUCCUCGGUGAUUACGUCGAUCGAGGCAAGCAGUCUUUGGAGACUAUUUGCCUCCUUCUUGCAUACAAGAUCAAAUACCCAGAAAACUUCUUCAUCCUGCGAGGGAACCACGAAUGCGCCUCCAUCAACCGUAUCUACGGUUUCUACGACGAGUGCAAAAGACGCUACAAUAUCAAGCUAUGGAAGACAUUUACUGACUGCUUCAACUGCUUGCCAAUUGCUGCUAUUAUUGACGAGAAGAUCUUCACCAUGCACGGCGGUCUAAGUCCUGACCUCAACUCUAUGGAGCAAAUACGCAGGGUCAUGCGACCAACCGAUAUUCCUGACUGCGGCCUUCUGUGUGACCUCCUCUGGUCUGAUCCCGACAAGGAUAUUACAGGUUGGAGCGAAAACGAUCGUGGAGUGUCUUUCACUUUCGGCCCGGAUGUUGUGUCGAGAUUCCUCCAGAAGCACGACAUGGAUCUGAUCUGCCGCGCACAUCAGGUUGUGGAGGACGGCUACGAGUUCUUUAGCAAACGACAACUCGUGACCUUGUUCAGCGCUCCGAAUUACUGCGGCGAGUUUGAUAAUGCAGGUGCCAUGAUGAGUGUGGAUGAGAGUCUGUUGUGUUCUUUCCAGAUUCUCAAGCCUGCCGAGAAGAAGCAGAAGUAUGUCCACGGCCGUUCCUCCAGCGGCUCGGGCACUCCCAGCCGUAAAUCCAAACCAUAA